AUGUUCAGAUACGCCAGAAAUCAGCCCGCUGGCUUCAAAAAUGCCAUCGAGAGAGUCGCCAUCGUCGGAGCUGGCGGCACCAUUGGAUCGCACAUAACCGCUGCGCUCCUUCGAACGGGAAAACACACAGUCAAGGCUCUCACCCGCAAAGGUAGCAACAACAAACUACCCGAGGGUGUUCUGGCCGCUCCAAUUGACUACAACGACCAGGCCAGCAUUGUGGCGGCUCUCAAGGACCAGCAAUUUUUUAUCAUUACCAUGGCUCCCACGGCGCCCCGUGACACCCACAGCAAGCUAGUCCAGGCGGCCGCCAAGGCUGGGGUUCCCUAUGUCAUGCCCAACGGCUACGCCGGUGAUAUUGAGCAUACCAAAUUCGGCGAGGACACGCUGCUGGGACCUAUUGCCAAGGCAAACAGAGACGAAAUCGAGAGGCUCGGCAUGCAAUGGGUUAAUGUGUCUUGCGGAUUCUGGUAUGAUUAUAGUUUGGCAGGUGGUGAGGCGCGCUUCGGCUUCGACUUUGACAAGCGUUCCCUCACGCUUUAUGACGACGGCAACACCAAGAACUCGACAUCGACCUUGUCGCAGGUUGGACGGGCCGUGGCCAAGGUGCUGAGCCUGAAAGAGCUCCCUGAAGACGAGAACGACAAGAGUCUCACUCUUUCGCGUUUCGCCAACAACAGCGUUUAUCUUAAGAGCUUUGUAGUCAGCCAAAACGACAUGUUCGAGAGCGUGAAGAGGGUCACGGGCACCUCCGAUGCCGACUGGACCAUCAAUCAUGAGUCCACGAAGAAGCGAUACGAGGAUGGCCUGGCUCAAGUCAAGACUGGCAACAUGGCCGGUUUCAGCAAAUUGCUGUACGCAAGGGCGUUCUACCCGGAGGACCCGAGUAACCUCGCGGCCAAGGCUCAGAAUGAGCUGCUUGGGUUGCCAGAGGAGAGUCUCGACGAGGCCACUAAGGCUGGGGUAGACUUGGUCGAGGUCUUAUCACAACGUGUUGAGAGAAUGGCGUCUUAG